AUGGAUGACGUGGACGAGUUCGCGCAGACCCGCGGCGCGGAUGACCUGUUUGAUGAUGAGAUUAUCCCGGUCUCUGCAGAGGAACAGCAAGCUCAGGCGGUGGUGGUAGUUCCGGAGCCUGAACCUGCGCCUCCGAAGGAAGAGCCUGUGGUUGAGAAGCAACCCUCUCCGCGUGGGGAAACACCGCAGCGGAGUCGAGGCGGAGAUCGAGAUCGAGGUCGUGGCCAGGCUCGAGGUCGGGGUCGGGGGAAAGGAGGACGUGGGUUGCAGGACUCCCAGUGGGCAGAUAAAAAGCCAGCGGAGAAUUCGCGGCCCAAAGGUCCUAAGAACGCCAAAGAGCCAGAAGUGACGAAGGAACCCGAAUCUACGACACCGGAGAAGCCACAAGAGGACACGAAAGACCAGCAUGGCCAGGACGAAGAGGGACCGGAAGAAAAUCGGAUUGCUAAUGGCGCCGAGCUUCCACGCGUACCAGCUGUUCGUGGGGAUCGAAGCGCUACUGGGGGAGUACGGAAGCCCAAACUCACCGAGGAAGAGCUCUCAAGGCGUAUUGCUGCGGCCAAAGAGAACGCCGCAAAGAAAGCCGCUGCGCACGCCCGCGCCGAAGCCGAUCAGGCAUCGUUCCUAGAGCGCGAGCAAAUCGCAGCGGAAAAGCGACGCAUGGAGGCAGCAAACCGGCGAGUCAUGGAUAACGAGCGCGAGCAGAACCGCCAGCGCAAACUAAGCGCGCAAACCGGCCGUGAAUGGGACUCCCAAAAACGCGAGGAGGACUACAACCCACGCGGCGGUGGCAGCCAGUUCCGCCGGGGCAUGCACGGUGGGGUCACCGGGUACGUGCGACGCGAUUUCGAUGACGGGCGGUCUGACGAUGGCGCUGGCAAUCACCUCAGCCCGGGUCGUGGACGUGGCCGUGGUGGCCGUGGGGGCCGCGGCCGUGGACCGCGAGGAGACCGCGCCUCAUCCAAAGAUCCAUCGGAGAGGGGUCACGCGAGCACGGCCACGCCGUCUGUGAACAGUGACGCCGAGUUCCCCUCUCUUUCUCCGGGCAAGAAGCUAGAGCUGGCUCCUACCCCCACGGUGGACAGGACUUCCAACGCACAAGCGACCUCGAUGGAGAAGCUUGAGGCUACGAUGUCUCCUGUGUCUGGCACUUGGGCUGACCAGGUUGAGGAGUAG